AUACAAUUGUGUUAUAUAACUUACGACUGCAAGCUACUUUUCUUCAAUAACUACUAAUACAGUUCUUGGCACCAGCGAGAGCAAGAGUCAGCUCCAGUGCCAUAACCAUGACCACUACCGACUCCAACAAGUCAAUUGACACAAACAUGGUACUGUCGGAUGAGAGUGGUGAUGUUGAGAAGUACGGCUCCGACAGCGUCGACUCCAAGGACGAGGCCGCAGAAGAUGACAGCAACUUUCCCAGCGGCGUGGCCUUAUGGUCUAUCCUUGGUCCUGUUACAAUCGCCUACUUCCUCGUCUUCCUCGACAUGUGUGUCGUGUCUACCGCAACCCCUGCCAUCACACAACGAUUCAACUCUCUAGUUGAUGUUGGCUGGUAUGGUGGCGCGUACCAGCUCGGCAGCUCUGCUCUGCAGCCACUCACUGGCAAGAUCUACAGCCACUUUAAUAUCAAGUGGUCCUUCCUCGUCUUCUUCUUUCUCUUCGAGCUCGGGUCUGUCAUCUGUGGAGCCGCCGUCUCGUCGCCCAUGUUCAUUGUUGGAAGAGCCAUUGCCGGAGCUGGAUCGUCGGGUAUUGGAAACGGCGCCAUGACAAUCAUCUCAGUUAUAUUACCGCGCAGGAAGCAGGCCCAGUUUCUGGGCAUAAACAUGGGUAUCGGCCAGCUCGGUAUCGCUUUGGGCCCUAUCCUUGGCGGUGCAUUCACCCAAAAUGUUUCAUGGCGUUGGUGUUUCUACAUCAACCUACCCAUUGGCGGUGCUCUGGCCAUUUUGCUGUUCCUAUUCAAGAUCCCCGAGCCGAUCGACAAGCUACCCGCCAGACAAGUCCUCGGCACGGCCAUUAAGUCUCUGGACCUUCCAGGAUUUAUGCUCAUUAGCCCCGCUGCCGUCAUGUUUUUGCUUGCGUUGCAAUACGGCGGUACCGUGCACCCGUGGAAUAGCUCCGUUGUAAUCGGCCUUUUGGUUGGCGCGGCUGUGACCUUUAUCAUCUUCCUUAUCUGGGAAUAUCGCCAGGGCGACGGUGCCAUGGUACCGUUCGCGAUGAUCAAAAAGCGCAUUGUGUGGUCUGCUGCGGGUAACCUGUUCUUCCUUCUCGGUGCUAUUUUGGUGGCCGAGUACUACCUCGCCAUUUUCUUCCAAACCGUGCUUCACAACAGUCCUAUCAUGAGCGGUGUGCACAUGCUGCCAGCAACCUUGUGCUUAGUAUUCUUCACUAUGCUCUCUGGAAUGAUGACCGAGAUCUUAGGUUAUUACUUGCCCUGGAACCUGGGAGGAAGCGCCGUGACUGCCAUUGGGUAUGGACUCAUGUCUUUGAUUAAACCCACGACUAUAUCGCACAAAUGGCUUGGGUACCAGGUGCUCUAUGGUGUUGGCAGUGGUGCAAUGACCUCAGCGCCCUACAUUGCUAUCCAAAAUCUUGUUCCCCCUCCGCAGAUCCCUAUUGCCAUGGCUAUCAUCAUCUUUUGCCAAAACAUGGGCGGCGCCGUGUUUCUGAUUGUCGCUAAUUCGAUUUUCACCAACGGCCUCCGCGCGGAGCUCCAGAAACGCUUCGCCGAGAUUGGCGUCAACCCUGAUAUCCUCAUCAGUACCGGACUGAACUCAAUCCGAAGUCUUGUUUCGGGCGAUAAGCUCACCGCUGCGCUCGAGUGCUAUACCACGGCAAUUAGCCAUGUUAUGUAUCUCGGCAUAGGAGUCAGUGUAGCCACAUUUGCCUUUGGCUGGGGGUUGGGAUGGGUUGAUAUCCGUAAGGCGAAGAAACUGCAGGCCAUUAAGGGAGAUGCUCCGGCUGCGUCGAACACCGAGGAUGUGGACUCGACUGAAAAGACCACAGUCUAAGAUGGAAAUUGAAUUGAUGUCCCAUUAAUUGUGUAAGUGGGUCACAUGGCUCUCUUGGGACAUCGGCCAGUUGGUGGACGGUUCGGUGUUUUCCUUUUGUUGCAUUUGUUUGAUUGUUUUGUUUAUUUUACCCUCAAUCUUGUGAGGAUCGCUAGAUCUUUAGAUGAUGCUUUUUGCGGACACUGGCAGGAGACUGUUACCUAGAAAAGUGCUGCCGCUGCCGCUCUUGUUGUUAUCGAUGGGGUGUCAAAAGUCUGUCAACACAUCCUAAAUCGCUAAUGAAUCGCGAUUUUACGGCACUCUUUUCUUGGUAUUCCCUUAAUAUUAAU